GUAUUGAUUCCAUUGGAGGAGUAAGGGUACCAGGUGGCUAUUGUGGCGUGCUAGCGUUCCGGCCUUCGCAUGCUGUUAUAUCCAACAGUGGUGUUAUUCCUGUCGCACCUAGCCUAGACACUAUAGGCUGGUUUGCAAGGGAUCCGAUUGUAUUGCGUCGAGUUGGUCAUCUUCUUCUGAAAUUAUCUUAUACUGAUAUCCGUCUACCUAGACAUUUCUACAUAGCAGAUGAUUGCUUUGAAAUUUCAAAGAUACCUGCAAGAAGGUUAACUCAGGUGGUAACAAAAUCUGUGGAAAAGCUCUAUGGAAGACAAGUCUUGAGUCAUGUGAAUAUUGGAAAUUAUUUGGCUUCAAGAGUACCCUACCUGCGGAACUAUUCAAAUGGGAACAAGAAUGGGGACUCAAAGUUUUCUUCCUUGCAAGCACUUUCUAGUGCCAUGCAGUUGCUUCACAAACAUGAAUUUAGAAAUCAGCAUAACGAGUGGAUAAAGUCGGCUAAGUCUGCUGUUGAUGCUUCCAUAGUUGGUAAUUUGUCUGAUGAUGCUGAUUCGCCUAUUGAUACCGUCCAAGCUGCAAGAAAGGAUGUGCGCUUAGCUCUCAACACACUCCUUAAGGAUGAUGGAAUUCUGGUCAUCCCAACUACUUUGGGUUGCCCUCCAAAAAUUAAUGCCAGGGAGCUCUCAUCUACAAGCUACAAUGCUGAGACAUUAUGCCUUCAAUCUUUAUCUAGUAUGUCAGGGUGUUGUCAGGUUACCAUUCCUGUCGGUGCACAUGAUAAAUGUCCUAUUUCAGUUUCCCUCAUUGCAAGGCACGGCGGUGACCGCUUCUUGCUGGACACCACUCAAGCCAUUUAUGCCACCAUCCAAGAGCAAGUUGAGAUGCUAGCGAAAUCUAAUGCUUCAAGUAAAGAGGCCAUGAAUGAAGAAGCUGCUGAAGCUGCUAAAGAGAAAGGUAACAGUGCAUUUAAGGAGAAACAAUGGCAAAAGGCAAUAAAUUUAUAUACUGAAGCGAUCAAAUUAAAUGGCAAGGUAGCCACAUACUACAGUAACAGAGCUGCGGCUUUUCUAGAAUUAGCUAGUUACCGCCAAGCUGAGACAGAUUGCACUAGUGCCAUCGAUAUUGAUCCAAAGAUUGUCAAAGCUUAUUUGCGGAGAGGCACAGCAAGGGAGAUGCUUGGAUACUAUAAGGAUGCUGUCGAUGAUUUUAGCCAUGCCCUUGUCCUAGAACCAAUGAACAAGACUGCUGGUUUAUCCAUUAGUAGAUUAAAGAAGUUAUUCCCGUAGGUGCCAAGCCCAUGGAAUUAUUUCCGAGAAGAUGUGGCUGCUGAUUUUGUGGGCAAACAAGUUCUGCAUUGCUGGGGGAUUGGAAGUACCUGAGCACCACUGAUACAUACAUGGAACACGGCAUAUGCUCUUUCACAAGGUAAUAUCAUUGGCAACAG